AGUUUCACGUUUUUCAUCAUUGCACACGGCACGUAAUUUAUCAAAGCUUUGGAGUUGCUCAGUGGAUCUUUGCGGGACUUUUAAUUUGUUGACAGGUGAUCGAAGCACAAAAUAGUGUUAGCAAUGUGCAGGAGUGCAGAUUUUGGGAAAUUAUUUUAUAUUUAUAAUUAAUUAUGAGAUAACAUUUGUCUAUUUUUGAUGUCAAGUCUUUUGUUUAAAACAACCGGCGUCAGUUUAACAGUUAUUGAGUUAAAGAAAAAAGUGUAACGUGAAUCGUUUUAACAUCAAGAUUUCUUAAGUUAAUUCCCUUUAAACUUUAAAUUAAAUACCAACUUUUACACUGUGUAUGCAUUAAUUUAUCGGUGUAUUUUCGUAAAAUGCCUUUUGUCCACUGCACGAUGUGUGUUACCACGAGGUUUUCGUUCCUGUGUUUGCUUUUCUGUGUGCCUUCGUGGAUUUUUGGAACCAGAGGCACUGUAGCUCAAAUAGCUAACGAGACGAAAUCAGACAUGUCUGAGACACCAGUUCCACCAUCUAGUCAUCACACACAUGAUCAUGCUGCUUUUCAAAUGAACCAGACCACAAUGCAUACAAAUGUGGCUGAAGAACAAGCAAAAUAUUUUGCUUCACUGCUGUUUGCCAAAUAUGGGAUUGACAAUCAUACUCUUCUUAGAAUAGAACUGUUGAACCUUUUUCAUAAUUUAGGUCUUGAUGGCCAGAAAACUAAACAGUUGCAUUUUGAUACAUCAAAAACAGAGCAUGAAAGUGUUGGUGAAAUCCAUAACCACGAUUUCCAUGAAGAAAGUGGACACAAUGAUGUUAAUAAGAAUGGACAUACACCCAGUGAUAAAUAUUCCAGUUCUUACAAAAAAGACUUGGAGAAAAAUGCUCAUAUUCACACAAAUGUUAGCAGACUGGAUCAUAAUGACGAUAGAAACAUUCAAAUGACGGAAAACAGUUCUGACCCCCAUCAUAACCAUCAUCAAGAUCAUAAUGUGACUGUGACUGGUUCUGAUGAAAAUCACACCAGAAACACUCCGGUUCAUGAACACGAUUCAAGUUUUCCUAACUCUCAAAACACAACGACAGAAACUAGUUUAAAACCUGACAGUGGGGAGCAUAAAGACCGAGACGGAACCCAGAGUCGGACUGGUGGUAAAAAACGCAAAGGAAAGGCUGGUCGCCGUGCAAAGAAAGAACGGAAAGCAAAUGGAAGAAAGAAGAAGGAGCGUGAUGAAGAUGCAUCGAAACGGAUUCCCCGAGAUAUUUCAGAUGAGUUGCAUCACGAUCAUACUGAGUGCCUAACAGAAAUACUACGAGCUUUCAGCCUGGAGACAAAGGAUAAGAUAACUCUAACUGACUUCCUGUACAUGUCUCCGGCCAUCAUCUACCAGCUGGAUGCGAAGGACUGUUCACCUUUUGACCACGGUCAGGUGGGCAGUAUUGUCGAUAUGUCCGGCGAUGACCACAUCCAAGACCAUGACCAUGCCCAUCCCGGACACAAGGCUGCUCUGCCAGCGUCAGACGAGCAUCACAUGGGCACCAGUAAUCCAGCGAAGGUGUGGGGUUUCAGUUUUUUAGCGGUCCUGAUCGUCAGUCUGGUCGGGUUGCUGGGCGUGGCAAUCAUUCCGCUGAUGCACAGAGUGUUCUACAAUCAUCUUCUACAGUUCCUGGUGGCCCUCGCUGUGGGAACCCUGACAGGCGACGCCCUGCUCCAUCUGUUCCCUCACUCGAUAAACUCGAGUCACCAGGAGGAUUCCCACAACCAUGGGGGCGGAGAGCUGCACCUGAUCAACGAGGGGACCAUGACGAUGAAGGGGCUGGUGGCCGUGCUGUCGCUCUUCGCGUUCUACAUCAUGGAGCGAAUCCUCAUCAUCACCACCGACAGCAGACGCAAGAGAACCAACAAGACUGAUACAAAGACUUCGUGUGUGGUCCAGAGCCAGAACGCACUCAGUAAAAAGCUGUCAAAGGAUGGGUCCAGGUUCGCGUCGUGUGAAGAAGUGGCCAUGGUGUCCCACCCAAACAGACCGUCAAACAUGCAGCACACCAAUCGCUCCACCAACGCUGACACCAGUAUGGAGUUGUCUCUUGCUAGGACGACCAAUGAAGAGGUUGAGGUGUUGAUGCCAUCGAUACUGAGCUCCAACAGCCACGGUCACACUCACCACCCCCACGCUGUGAGCGAUGCCGACGGCGAUGUCGGCGAACCUAUUCCCAACUCGGUGGCGGCCAUUGCGUGGAUGGUGAUCCUGGGCGACGGCAUCCACAACUUCAGUGACGGCCUCGCCAUUGGCGCAGCGUUCUCCACCAGCAUCACCAGCGGCUUCAGCACCUCCAUCGCGGUCUUCUGUCACGAACUGCCACACGAAAUCGGUGACUUCGCGGUGCUGCUGCGUGCAGGGAUGUCGUCAAAGCACGCCCUCAUCUACAACGUCGUGUCCUCCAUUCUCUGCUUCUUCGGCAUGUUCGUCGGCAUUGGCCUGGGCAAUAUCCAUGAGGCGUCGUCCUGGAUCUUUGCCUGUGUUGCGGGCAUGUUUCUAUACAUAGCACUUGUAGACAUGCUUCCCGAGAUGACGUCGAUCGAAACGAAAGAAGGUGAAAACCCAUUCUACCACCUGCUGUGCCAGUGCGCGGGUAUUGGGCUGGGCUCUCUCAUCAUGUUGUUGAUAGCCAUCUAUGAGGAGGAUCUCAUGAAGACCUUCGGCUGAUGAUGCACGCUGCAUCUUGGGUACCGGUCACUAUAUAUACAUACACUGAACAACAACAGAAUCAUAAACAUUCGCUUAGUUUUCUUGAAUUUAAUUAUUAUGAAAAACAUUACUAGUCCUCUACCAGUCCAACCAGAGGGGACUGUAUGUUUCAUCUCCUAGAUGGAUGAAACUUGUUUAAUAGCUGUUCCGGUGUAUGUUCAUCAUAGUGCAUAUGAAAAGAAUUACAGAUUAAUUGAUCAAUAUAACUUCUUCUUUUUUUUGAGAUGGACAUCUUAAAUGGAUGCAACUGUCAAUGACACCGAAUAAGUUAAUGGUAGUCGAGACUAUUAAAUUUGUGGAAUUGUUGUUGUAAUUAAUCCCCCACCAGUCCAACCGGAGGGUGGUAUAGGUUACGUCUCCGUCCUGUCUGUCUGUCUGUCUGUCUUUUAGUCCAUCUGUCUGUUUUCCGGACGUUUUGUUCACAAUGCCUCAAGAUAUUGAGUUGAAACUUUGUGUAUAGCUUUAUCAUAUACUGUUACAGAUCAUGUUUGAUUUUCAUGGUGAUUUACCCAUUUUUCGUAGAAUUAUGGCCCUUGAACUUGGGAGAUAUGAAAAACAAUUUGGCCAUUGAGUUACAUGUGUUGUUUCAUUGAAUUUGAAUCCCAUUAAAGGCAUAUUGUCACAGACCACUGACCUAUUAAAUGGCCUAACAAAGUAUUACCUGAUCAAAAAUAUAAUUGAUUUCCCCCUAAAUGUACUUUAUUUAAACAUUUACGUAACCACCAUACUCCAUUUAUUAAUGAUAUUUUGUGAAAAUAAUUGAAUUAUGGCAGUGGUCCAUAAUUCAAAAACUAAAAUUGCCAAGAGGAUUGACAUGGAUUUCUCUCCACCAUGGUUCAAUUAAAGUGAUGUGAAUGCUAGAUUUGGUUUUCAAAAAUUAAUGUAAUUUUCAUUUAUUAUCCAUUUUUAGAGAAAUAAGGUCCUUAAAUCCGUGACAGUAUGCCUUUAAUUUUCAUGUCUAUUAAAAAUUAUCAAUGGCUUGGAGGCUUAUUUUGACAGUCUGUUUAGCAAAUUAAAUGCAGUAUAUCAUGAAAAAAGAAAUAUGUGUUAAAAUAUUUUACAUGUCCUUUGUUGUUCAGUGUAUUUCGUGAGGAGAAGGGAACUAACUCAGCCUGCUGAGUGUUUUUUGUUUUAAUUUACAGUUUGCCGAAUCAUUGAAGAGGUUUCUUUCUUCUUCUCUUUUCAUAGCUUGCCGAAAGACGAACAGUCUUAUAUUUUUGUUGAUGCAUGAAAUUAAUGUUUGUCUGUCUGUCUCAAAAACCUGCCACUUUUAAUCAGUGUUUACUGUAUGUUGCUCAACAAUAAAAUCAACUAGCAACCUCUAGCAGGGGUCAGGAAAUUGUGAGACGUAUCAUUUUGUUUGCAUGUCACUCGUGCAAAUCAAAUUGUGAGUGACAUGUUUUUCAAAUGGUUGUUAAAUUUAUCACAUCAUUUACAUGUACAGGGAAAUAAUGGGUUAUCUAAGUUUACUUUAUGCAUGACCCAUAAAUAGCUUAGGCAGAUUUUUAAUUCCCAAGAGACCUAUACAUAGUUGGUUUUGCAAAAUCAAGACGUAAACUCAACAUGACUGAAGACUAAACUCGGUGUGACUCAACAUGAACCUCAACAUGACUCAAGACUAAACUUAACGUAACUCAAGACUAAACUCAACAUGACUCAAGACUAAACUCAGUGUGACUCAAGACUAAACUCAACAUGACUUAAAACUCAACUCAACAAGGAACCUAUAGUUGGUUUCUAAAAGUCUAUAAUUCUAUAUAUUGUUCAUGACUCGAGACUAAAUUAACAUGACUCAAGAGUCAACUAUGUGACUCAGGACUCAACUGAACACCACUCAAGACUAAACUCAACAUGAUUCAAGGCUAAACUCAACAUGAUUCAAGACUAACCUCAACAUGAUUCAAGACUAACCUCAGUGUGACUCAAGACUAAACUCAAUGCGACUCAAUACUAAACUCAAUGUGACUCAAGACUAAACUCAAUGUGACUCCAGACUAAACUCAACAUGACCGAAGACUAAACUCAAUGUGACUCAAGACUAAACUCAAUGUGACUCAAGACUAAACUCAAUGUGAAUCAAGACUAAAAUCAACAUGACAAGACUAUACUGAACAUUACUUAAGACCAAAGUCACCAAGGAACUUACACCUGGUUUUUGAAAGUCAGUCAUUACCAAUCAUGGCAGCAGUCAUCACCCAGUACCUCUUAGGAGCCAAAUUUUUUGUAUUUUUUUUUAAACUACAUGCACAUUUAUUUUUGAUCCAUACAGGCAACUUGAAGCCAGCAGGAAACCAAAAUCCCACGCAUCUAUGGCUAGUUGAUUUUACUGUUGCUUUAUGUACUGUCACCUAUGUUCUAGUCUUGUCUCUUGCUUUUGUGAUGCAGAGAUGCUGAAAAUGAAGACGAUGUAGUUUUUUUCUGUAGAAAAUAAAAGUGUUGCCUUGUCUCAGAGAAAACUGAAAUCAUGUUCAAAAUGGUCUUAUUCAAAGCUAAAAAUCUUCAUUAUUAUUUUUUUGGUCUGACUGGAAGUUGAAAAUGGUAAAGUUUUGUUCUCAAAGGAAGCUGAAAAUCAUAAUUUUUAUUCUGACUAGGACAUUUUUUCUUAAUAGAAACUGAUAAUAGUUUUUGUCAGUAGACGUUUUGUAACUUUAAGUAAAUGAUUUCAUCAUAAAAUGAUAACGGGAAAACCCCCACCAUCAAUUAUUGGGUGAAAAUUAGGCUUGGUUGUAGGAUGUCUCUAUUCCAAUAUUUCCGAUAGCAAUCAUUUAUGUUGGUGUCAUAAAACAAGUCGCCAUCCAUAAAGUAUGUACGCUAUGAGGAGGGUGUGUACGCUAUGAGGAGGGUGUGUAUACGCUAUGAGGAGGAGGGUGUGUACGCUAUGAGGAGGGUGUGUAUACGCUAUGAGGAGGAGGGUGUGUAUACGCUAUGAGGAGGGUGUGUACGCUAUGAGGAGGAGGGUGUGUACGCUAUGAGGAGGGUGUGUACGAUAUGAGGAG